AUGUCGCCUCCCGCACGUACGGGGCUUACCGAAGCCGUCAGGAAACUUCAGCUAGCGCGGCAGUUUGCGGCCAGCGACGACGAACUGAAGCAACUACAACUGAAGUGGAUACCUGGAGGUCUACAAGAAUGGUUACAGAAGAAAGCGAUUCAAGUGUUUAGAGAGCGAACCUGGAAGUACCAGGACUCCCUCCCACCUUUACCUGUACCUCCUCUCAAGAACACACUGGACAAGUAUCUAGAGUCAGUCAAACCUUUCGUUACGGCGGAGGAAUACAAGCAGGCAGAGGCGGUGGUGAGGGAGUUUGAAGGAGGGGUCGGCCAAUCACUGCAUCAGCAAUUACUGGAGAGGGCAAAGGUUAAAAGGAACUGGCUUGAAGAUUGGUUUUUGGACACGACGUACCUUCAGUCACGGCACUCCCUGCCCCUGACAUCCAACGUCGCCGGGUUCACACCCAUUACGGACCACAUGUGGUCUGCCAUAGGGGUGGAACCGGCAGACAGAAUCACGCUUAUUCUCUCCGCAUCUCUCCAUCUGUGGAAACUCCUCAGGAAACAACAGAUACCAGUUGACAAGGCUGUGCUGACAGGACGGCCGUUCUGUAUGGACCAGUUUCGCAGCAUGUUCUCGACUCACAGGAUUCCUGGUGUGACAAAGGACAAGAUUGUCAGACAUUUUAGGACAGAAUCUGAAGGCCCAUCACCCACCCACAUCACUGUGCUGUGUAAGGGUCGUGUGUUCAAGAUGGAGGUCAUCGAUCAAGAGGGGGAACUUCUAACUCCUACAGAGCUUAAAAUGUAA